AUGGGAAGAUACACAGGCAUGUACUGGUUAAAAGGUUGGAAGGUAGAAAACCCUAAAAGCAACAGGAGGAAAACAAUUGAUCACAUACAAGAGAACUUAUCAGAAACCGUCACUGUGGAUGUUGAAGAGUCACAAAACCACCCUGGCGAACCCAUUGGCGAUGACUAUAGAAAGAUGGGAACACUUUUUGGUGAACUGAACAAAACCCUCCUCAACAUGGGCUUCACAAGGAUGUAUUUUGGAGAACGAAUUGUAGAACCAGUAGUGGUCAUUUUCUUUUGGCUCAUGCUAUGGUUCCUUGGCCUACAAGCCCUUGGACUAGUUGCUGUUCUUUGCCUUGUCAUUAUUUAUGUACAGCAGUAA